AUGAAUCCAGCUGAAGAGCCAACCGAUAUGAAGCAAGCGUCUCGUUCCCCACGCUUCCCACCAUCCCACUCUGUUUGGGCAUAUAUCGUGAACAGAAAUGACCCGUUCCAGUACUACGCCGACCAAGUCCCGAUGCACAACCUCACCCAGGAGGAGGAUUUCCCAGGACAAGCACUGUCAGUCACCCUGCAGCUCGGCAACGUGCUCCUCCUGCUUGCAGCUAUGGCGCUCGUGUGCUGUUUCUCGCCCAGCAGCACCACGGCCAAGUGGUACCUGAUCGCAGUCGCAUUUGCCGACUGGGGCCACAUUUACGCCUCCUAUCGCAGUCUCGACGCCGAGGUCUUCUGGCAUCCGGCUCAGUGGAAUGGCAUUGUCGCCGGCAGCAUUGGGGUGAGCGUCUUCUUGAACUUGGCCAGGUGGUUGACCGUUGCGGGAUCGCUUGGGCCGUUGAAGGAUACAUUUGACAAUGAUGAUGUGGCAAAGAAGCAGGUUUGA